AUGAUCGCGCCACCCAUCUCCCGCCGACAUCGAGUCCUUGGCAUUAUUGCCGUUUUCGCCUUAAUCGUAACCUAUAUUCAAUUCCGACCGCGAUGGAAGGAAGCGCCAUUCGAAUAUGCUCGCGAUUACUACCAAAGCGUGUCGAGUUACUUCGGCAGCCCGGUAUAUAACAACACAUUAUAUGCCGAAGGAAACGAAGGAAUGGUCAACCAAUACUACAACUCCUCAAAUCCCUGCGCCAACUUUCCUAACACCGAUGGCGUCCUCUUAGUUAUGAAGACGGGCGCAACCGAAGCUUUCGACAGAAUACCUACCCACCUCUUAACCACAAUGAGCUGUCUUCCUGACUUCCUCAUGUUCUCUGAUAUGGAGCAACAAAUCGGAGCCUACCACAUCUACGACGCUCUGGCCGAGUUCGAGGAAUCCGCAAAGGCCCACAAUGACGACUUUGACCUAUACCGCGACCAGAAGGAAUGUCCCGUAUCGCAAAAAUCGUGCGUCGACGCGAAGAGGGACGGACAAAAAGCGUGGAACCUGGACAAGUACAAGUUUCUCCCAAUUAUGGAGCAAACUUGGAAGAUGCGCCCGGGCCGCGAUUGGUACAUCUUCGCCGAAGCCGAUACCUACGUUUUCUGGGCCAAUAUUAUACACUGGUUAAAGAAAGAAUCCCGCCUAAAUCCCCGGGAGAAGCUUUACCUUGGCAGCCGAAGCUUUAUUGGAGGAACCCCAUUCGGCCAUGGUGGUUCUGGAUAUAUCAUUAGCGGCACAUUGUUGAAACAUCUGAUUGAAUACCAUCCGGGCGUCGUCAAGCAGUAUAACGUUAAAGGCGCUCACGAAUGCUGUGGAGACCUUAUGUUGGCCCAAGCCUUGGAUGAGUAUGAAAGUGUCAAGCUUCAACAGGUGUGGCCCAUGAUUAAUGGGGAGAAGCCGAGUACGCUGCCGUAUGGACCCGGUCAUUGGUGUGAGCCGAUCCUUACAAUGCACCAUAUGAAUGCCGAAGAGAUCAGCAGUGUAUGGCAAUUCGAGCAAACCCGGAAGAGCGAUAAAACACUCCUAAUCAAGGACCUGUAUGAAGGCCUAAUCCGGCCGAAAAUGCAGGUAUUGCGGCAAAACUGGGAUAACCUGUCGGAUGACGUUUGCUAUCUCAACCCAGAUCCAGCAGCCCUAGAACGUGCCGACGGACAUCUCCGCGACAGAAAAAAGAACGAAGACGAGUUGAACGAAGUUGAGAAAGAGGCAUGGAAAUCAUGGGAGAAUUGUGCAAAGGUCUGCGAAUAUCAAGAAAUCCCUGAUGAAGACGAAUACGACCUACACGGAUUUUCGGCACGCAAAGAGGGGGACUCCGGCUCUGCUAAUGACACAGAGCUUGCUGAAGAUACCUCACCUAGCGAUGCUGCCGCUCGAGAGGCGUGGAAGAAGGCCCUGAACGAGAAGAAGCGUAAUCGAUCGUGUUUCCAAUACCGAUGGCACGACGAGGUAUGCUGUACCUCCAAGAGCUUCAAGCUAGGCGCACCUAAGACGGCACCUGACGAUGGUAGCUCCGAGACCAAAUGGAUGAGUGGUUGGUACCUAAAGGGUAUCAACGAUUGGAUCGAUGCGAUGGGCGAGUGUACGAAACCAGCAUGGAAGACACCCGAUCCUUGA